CCUUAAAUUUAUCAUUUGUACUAUAAAACUACCUAUACGUGGAGGACUGGUCGGGUCGGUUAUAACCGAAAACCGAAGGGUCGGUUGCCGGUUAACAGAACCACCUCCCAACUCUACCGACCACCGACUAAAAGAGGGUUUUAAGGCCUCGAUUAUCUCGGUUUCGGUUAACCGAAUCGCCUCCCAAGAUCAAAACCAUCUCGCCCAGCCUGCGAACACCAACCGACUUUCGGUUAUCUCGGUUCUCGAUUAGUAGAUAUAUAACCAGCCAAUUUCGAUCGUAACCGACCGAUUAACCGCUAACCGAUUGUCCCGCCCUAAAAAAUUACCGAUCUUCGAAGAGAAGACCGGGAUAAAUUUCUUUCGUUGAAUUCAAGAUGAAAUAAACUAAUCUUUGCCUUUCUUUAUGCUUCAAGCUCCAUUAUUUUGUAGGGCUCCCGACUCGUAAUCGGCAACAAGGCCAAAAAAAAGGAGAGACUAACCUAAAUCGGCUCAUCAUACAUGGUUGCCGUCUCUCUCUCUCUCUCGUGGCCUAGGAGUUUCGAGUUUUAAGAGGAGGAACUAAUUACAUUCCGCACUUGUUACCUUCUACCUCCUCUGUAUGCCCAAAUCGAAUCUUCAGCCAGGUUUUCCAUAACUCCAAAUCAAGAUAUCCCCAAUAGAAGAAGAGAGUUGGAAGGAACGUUUUUGUAUAGUUGUUAUCGAUCGACCGACUUCCCCUGUUAGUAAACGGUAUAUGAUUUAUGAUUGAACCUCUCCCAACAACUCGAGUUAUUAGGAUCAACUGGUUCUUGACACCCAUGUCACUUUGCAUUCAGUAACCACUAUUAUAAAUAGUUUUAUGUACUACUCGUACUACAUCUAACACAGCAAAAGUUGUAUGCAACCAACACAACAACAAAAAACCAGCCAUGGCACCCACCAUACUCCUUGUGGUUGUACUUGUUUUUAUGUCUUCCCCCUCGCCGGUCGUCGUUGGCGCCGCCGAAUCGGCUCAGCGUACGUGCGAUUGCGCUGCUUUCACGACGGGCUGCGGGCAGUGCGAGGCAGGACGCUGUUGCAGCAACUGGGGCUUCUGUGGGAACUCGACCGGUUACUGUACGCCUUGUUAUUGCAAAGGUGCCGAUGGAAAUAAAAUUUGCGACCCUUGUCAUUGCGUCGGCCGUUGUCCUGCGCCUAAGGAGAACCAGCAGCAGCAGCAGCAGCAGCUGCCGCCAUCAUCGGCUGGUUCCGGUACGAAUAACCAGAAUGGCACGUAUAAUGCUUAGUCAUGUGGCUGAUAAAAGCAAUGGCGAGAAUCGACGCAAGCAGUAAUAUAUAUGGAGAUCUGCGAAUCAAGUUACUGUUACGUAAAAUGUGUCGAUCGAUGAUUAGUAUGUGAUAAGUACUAUUCCCAGAGCUUUAGAUUCUAACCAUCGAUCUAAGGAAAAACUGGUAUCCUUUUUUGUAUUAGCGGUGUUGAUGAGGCUGAAGCCUCUCGAAGUUGUGCUUUUGUCUGGUCUGAUUUAUAGAUGCAUUUUUUUUGGAUGACUAUUUGGUUCGAUGGUAAUGCUACCAAUUAAAUCCCAGAGUUUUAGCAUUAUAUUCUUAUAAUAUUGGGUACAAGCCCAAUGUCAAAUGAGGCUUCAAUUAUUCAAAGGGUCAUUUAGACAUUUACAAUAGUCCAUUAACAAUAGUACGUUUUGUUUGAAAUUAAUUUCCUUCAUCUUUGUGAAUUGUUGUCAUGAUUUUCCACUUGUAUAAUGUAAGUAUACGUGUGGAUGUUUAACAUGUUGGUUGCAAGUUAUAAAGAAAAUUAUCCAUGAUAACCACGAAUACCGCCGAAAGGAUAUGUGAAUGGUUUUGAUUUUCUACCCGAUUCUCAUAUGAGUAUGAAUAUGAAUAAAACAUGAACUAAUUUAAAUCAAACAUGUGCAUUGAGUUGGAACAACAUGCUUUUUAUAUCACGGAUUGUUGUCAUCACGAUUAUCUUUUACAAUUAACAUACUAUACAUGUAUUGGUAUUGGUCCAUUCCCAAUUUGAUAGCAAUGUUUGUUUGAUGGUUUUGGUGAUGGAUUUGGAUCUAUGAUGGCGAUAUGAUAAUAUGUUAAGUGAUGUAGACAUACUUGAUUUGAAUGAAUGGUUUUGAUAGAUUUGUAAAUUUGGGUUUCAACCAUAAUGUCGAGGGAUUGGAGAAUGGCUCGAGCGAGUGUCAUAGCAAGAAUUUUACUCAUGAGGUGCAUUAAAGUAAUUUUUCAACAAUGACCCAUGAUGUGAUCUCAUGUUUGAUAUUAUCAAAUUUUUAAAAAUUACAUAAUUGUCCAAACUAUUAAGCUUUCGCUCUUAAUAGUAUUUUAACAAAUAAUCAUUUACAAUUUCUCUUCACUUGAUUCGAAGACUAGUCAACCAUUUCAUUGCAGAAAACGUUAUCACAUCAUGCAUGUGUAUAGUUAUGUUUUUCAUUGUUAGUAGAGUCUUAGAAUUAGGCUUUGGUAUCCUAUUUAAAGGCAUCGGCCGAAUUGUAACAUGAGUUUAUUUUUUUUAGAAUUGAAUUUUAUCCUAGUUCAUCAAGUUUCUGGCUUGUGAAUUGUGAUCUCUUCGUUGGUGGACUCGAAUCGCAUCGAGUGAAAACUUUAUCAAUCAUACAUCCAUCUUGAUUAUGGUUGAGCUUCUACACUAUCUUGAUUGUGGUUGAACUCUUCUUCCAUGAUAAUAUGCAUGAGAUAGUUUGUCCCAAAUUUCGAAAUGUAUAAGUAGUUGGAUGGCAAUCAAGGCACGCUGGGACUGUGCUUGGUAAAUGAAUAAUUAGACCUGGCAAAUUACAAUUCGACCCGUUGAUCCGACCCGAAACUGCUAAAAAACUAGAAAUUUUUGUAACCCGAAAUCCAAAUGACCCGAAUCCGAUAAUCCGUGAUUUUUUGGGUCGAGUCGGGUGGGUUAGCGGGUCGACCCGUUAGACCCGUUCCAUUUAAUAUAUUACUCCCAAAAUAUGAUAAAAUUACUCAUAAAUUGGUGAGAUGUUUAAAAAAAACACAAGGAUUUGAUUGAUAUUGUUUGGAAUUUAAGAAUAAUCAAAUAUCAUGUGUUUCUUGUAGUAAUAUUACUCUUGUGAUUGUUUUUUUGAAGAUUGGCGCAAUUUAUAUUUCAUUUCAUUAGCGUGGGAGGAUUUGAGAAUAUGUUAAUUGACAUGUGUUAUGUAAACUAUUGUCAUGCAUAUGUGAAAAUCUGUGUUCUUUAAGAAAAUAUGAAGAAUGUU